GCUUGAGGAGGAGCCGCCGCUGCCGCCGCCGCCGCCGCCGUCGUCGCCGUCUCCUCCGCCUCCGUUGAACCGGUCCCCCGAGACCGUACCGAACCCCUUUUUUGUGCGCCGCCCGCCCUUCCUGGUCGCCCGCCUGCCUGACUGACCGCCCGCCCCGGAGCAGCACCCCCACCCCAGCCCGGGCCCGCCCGCCCGCGUCCAGAUUUUUAAAGCAUACAAUGUCUAAUGGUUAUGAAGACCACAUGGCUGAAGACUGCAGGGACGACAUGGGGAGAACAAACCUCAUCGUCAACUACCUCCCGCAGAACAUGACGCAGGAGGAGCUGCGGAGUCUCUUCAGCAGCAUCGGCGAGGUCGAGUCCGCCAAGCUCAUCCGGGAUAAAGUGGCAGGACACAGCUUGGGCUAUGGCUUUGUGAAUUACGUCACUGCGAAGGAUGCGGAGAAAGCCAUCAACACGCUGAACGGCCUGAGGCUGCAGUCCAAGACCAUCAAGGUGUCUUACGCGCGCCCCAGCUCUGAGGUCAUCAAAGAUGCCAACCUGUACAUCAGCGGGCUCCCGCGGACCAUGACCCAGAAGGACGUGGAGGACAUGUUCUCUCGCUUUGGCCGUAUCAUCAAUUCCCGGGUCCUCGUGGACCAGACCACAGGUUUGUCCAGAGGGGUUGCGUUUAUCCGGUUUGACAAACGGUCCGAAGCAGAAGAGGCAAUUACCAGUUUCAAUGGUCAUAAACCCCCAGGUUCCUCUGAGCCCAUCACAGUGAAGUUCGCAGCCAACCCCAACCAGAACAAAAACGUGGCGCUCCUCUCACAGUUGUACCACUCGCCUGCCAGAAGGUUCGGAGGCCCUGUACACCAUCAGGCACAGAGAUUCAGGUUCUCCCCCAUGGGUGUAGACCACAUGAGUGGGCUCUCUGGCGUCAAUGCGCCAGGCAACGCGUCCUCGGGCUGGUGCAUCUUCGUCUACAACCUCGGCCAGGACGCCGACGAGGGCAUCCUCUGGCAGAUGUUCGGCCCCUUUGGCGCCGUCACCAAUGUCAAAGUGAUCCGCGAUUUCAACACCAACAAGUGCAAAGGGUUUGGCUUUGUGACCAUGACAAACUAUGAAGAGGCCGCAAUGGCCAUAGCCAGCCUCAACGGCUACCGCCUGGGGGACAAAAUCUUACAGGUUUCCUUCAAAACCAACAAGUCCCACAAAUAACUCGCUCGUGCUUUUUUUUUUUUUUUUCUUUCUUUCUUUCUUUUCUUUUUUUUUUUUUUUUUUGUACGGAAUAGAUAAUUAAGAGUGAAGAAGUUGAAACUUUUUUUUUUUUUUUUUUUUGGUUAGUGUACAACUCAUUUUGCGCCAAUUUUCACAAGUGUUUGUCUUAGUCUAAACGAGAAGUGGAAAGGUUUUUAUACUCUGGGAUGCCACCGACAUGUUCAAAUGUUUGCAAAUCCCACCCAUGUCAGACCAAUUUUACGUUUUCUUAAGUUAUUUCCUUUUAAAAAAAAAAUAUAUAUAUAUAUAUAUUAAAACGGAAACCUAAGUUGACCUCGUUGACUAACCAGUCCCUCUGGACGGUGGAGAAGCCGAAGCAUGCUCUAACCCGAGUCUCUCGGACUGUCUGACACGCGGUCCCCCCUCGCUGUCCUCGCAAACCGCAUCUUGGAGUUGUCGCCUUUAGUCUUGACCGGUUAGACAGGCACGGAGGGGGGGGGGGUGUUCCUUCAACCCGCGGGUCCCCCCAACCCCUCCCGGGGGCCACAUCCCAGCCCCCCUCCAGUCCUGGCCUAUGCUGAGCGGGCCCCCCCCCACCGGGGGGGAAGUGGCCGCAGGGGGGUCCCCCCAUCCGAGGUGGGCUACCUGCCUGGGAAGAGGUAGGGGGGCACCGCACGCCGGGCCGGGGCCCCUUUUCCUCCUCCUCCUCCAGAGAAAAGAUGUUAUAAGUGAGUUCUGAGCCCCGGGCACCCCGGGGGAACGGACCAAAGAGUUUUCCAGAAACUCCCGUGUAUUGCUGAGUGGGCCCGCCGGGGCGUGGGCGGCCAACCCCAAUGCGAUGUGACCCCCCCCUCCUCCUCCUCCUCCUCCUCCUCCUCCUGCGCCCCACCUCGCAUGCAUGGCACCCCCUCACUUGAGACUUGUCGACGGCGAUGCCUCGGGUCUCCAAGAGCAUUGGCCGGAGCUUGACGGUGUAAGAUAACUCUAUUUUUGAAUACCACGAGGAAACAUUUGAGCAUCGCGUCCUGCGCAUCCCCUCCUUGCGAGCGCUAGAUUUGUUCUCUCUCUGCGAUUCUAGUCGGGUUUCGUUUUGGAAUUUUGCUUUUCGUACGAACGAACACUUAAAACAGAGAAGUACUUAGUUCUUGCCAGCUGUCUUAUUAACAACAAC